CGUAAAGCGCAACACAACAACACGCUGGAGGAUAUGUAGUCCUAGUCGAAGAAAGGAGUUUUUCAGUAUUAUUAGAUUCACUCUCAAGAUUGCCAAAGACCACUAGGAUAAUCUGUUAUAGCUACCGUAGGUGAGCAUCUUGAACUGAGCAGGGCUGUUAUCCGGCUUUUAUGGAUGUUAUGGAAGUAUUUCGUGAACGAGGGAUCUGUCACGUAGCCACUAACGUUAGUUAGCUAACUAGCCACUGGUACUGCUCGAGAGGCUACCUAGCCCAUUCAAAUAGACUGUAAGCCACCUUGGGCCCGAUUGGGUUCUCGAGUGCUAGAGGUUAGCUAACUAAAUGAAACUAACAGUCAAGUGAAAUUGGUGUCAGAUGUGGGAUAAUUCUGCUAUCUCUUUCAGCCCUUUGUCAGACCUACGCCCCUGUUCGCGUUGGGUUUACAGUAGCAGGUUGGCAUUUAUUGUCAUGAAUCUUGACCUGGAGGCAGCUCUGCAGAGUGGUCACUAGCUAGUCAUAAAAUCUGAUUUUAAACAUAACCUUAACCACACUGCUAACCCUAACCUUUAAAUUAAGCACAAAAAGCUCAUUUUUGUUUCCAUGAAUUCUUAUGAUAUAACCAUUUUUGGACUUUGCAGCUGGCCAAUCUAGCCGAAAUCGCUCAGUUCUGCCUCCAGGGCAAGAUUCAUGACAAUAAACGUCAGACUGCUUUACAGUAUCUCAGUCUCGGCCAAGAGGUCUGGACCUUUAUGGCACCGGAGGUAGUGUUGUGUACUUCACCUGUAAUCACAUGGUGGUCCUGAUAAACACCAGCUGAGUUUUGUAACAGUAACUAACUCUGCAGAUAACCAUGCUCCGAGUCUGAAUGUAACUAAGGCUGUGUAAACAGAUUCCUAGUUAUAUUCGGAGCUACAGACAGAUAACAGUGGGUGCAACUGUCAUGCAUUUGUCAAUAGCUAAGUAAAUUGCCAAUAGAGUCCAGACAGACUAAAGACAGCUUGCUAACUUGCAAGGAUGUCAAUAUCAUAUCAAGUGUCCAUUGUGUAGGCCAUCAAUGGGAUGACCAGGACAUCACAAACAAAAAUACAUGCUUCUUUAAGUUAGCUAUUCUGUGUGUCUUGACAUCUAGGAAAAUCAGCAGUUCAUUGGGCUGCUGUUACAGUAUGUCUGAUAAGUGUGUACAGCCUGAUAUAUUGUAAGAAUCAUAAUUUAACUGCCCAUCUUCAUCCACAGUGAGAAUGUCAGCCCCAAAGCUGUUGAUUCUAUAUGGGAGCCAGACGGGCACUGCCCAGGACACGGCUGAGCGGAUUGGACGCCAGGCGCAAAGGAGGCGAAUGCAAGUCAAAGCGGAGGCUCUUGACAGUUACAAUGUGGUCAGUUGACAAGCGCGAUAACAGAUAGUCACACACAGUGCCUAAAUAACUGAAUCAAACAUACAGCACUACUAUUAUGAAAAAUAAGUAUUCUCCAUUGAAUCCCCUUGCCUUGUCAAAGCUGAAUACAGUGAGUAUACAAAACAUUAAGCUCUUUCGUUGACAGACUGACCAGGUGAAUCCAGGUGAAAGCUAUGAUCCCUUAUUGAUGUCACUUGUUAAAUCCACUUCAAUCAGUGUAGAUGAAGGGGAGGAGACGGUUUAAAGAAGGAUUUUUAAGCCUUGAGACAUGGAUUGUGUAUGUGUGCCAUUCAGAGGGUGAAUGGGCAAGACACAAGAUUUAAGUGCCUUUGAAUGGGGUAUGGUAGUAGGUGCCAGGCACACCGGUUUGUGUGAAGAACUGCAACUCUGCUGGGUUUUUCACACUCAACGGUUUCCCGUGUAUCAAGAAUGGUCCACCACCCAAAGAACAUCCAGCCAACUUGACACAACAGUGGGAAGCAUUGGAGUCAACAUGGGCCAGGAUCCCUGUUGAACUCAAUAUUAGGAAGGUGUUCCUAAUGUUUGGUAUUCUCAGUGUAUAGCUAUGGUGUUUCUGAGGCUGAGCUAUGUGCUUGAAAUAGGAUUUGUUAAGUUGACAAGGUUAGAUCUCAGCUCAAUUAAAGAGGGUGUUGCAUUUGGCAUGCAUCUGAGGGUUGUAUUUCUUCAACAGGCUAACCUCAUCUCUGAGUCCCUGGUUGUGUUUCUUCAACAGGCUAACCUCAUCUCUGAGUCCCUGGUUGUGUUUCUUCAACAGGCUAACCUCAUCUCUGAGUCCCUGGUUGUGUUUCUUCAACAGGCUAACCUCAUCUCUGAGUCCCUGGUUGUAUUUGUGUGUUCCACCACUGGCCAAGGAGAUCCACCAGACAACAUGAAGGUAUCAGAUAAUAGUGCCCAAACUGUGUGUCUGUCUGUGGUAAAAGCUACUUUUGUUUCUCUAUGCGUCUCUCCCAAUUUGCACUUAAUAAUAUAAUAUAUGGCAUUUAGCAGACACUUUUAUCCAAAGUGACUUGGACUUAGUAAUGCGUGCAUACAUCUUUAACGUAUUACAUUUUUUUAGUAAUGCGUGCAUACAUCUUUAACGUAUUACAUUUUUUUAGUAAUGCGUGCAUACAUCUUUAACGUAUUACAUUUUUUUAGUAAUGCGUGCAUACAUCUUUAACGUAUUACAUUUUUUUAGUAAUGCGUGCAUACAUCUUUAACGUAUUACAUUUUUUCCACUUCCUUUGCAGAAUUUUUGGCGGUUCGUGUUUAGGAAGUCUCUGCCCGCUGGAUCUCUGUGUCGCCUAGACUGUGCCGUGCUGGGCUUGGGUGAUUCCUCCUAUCCCAAGUGAGGGCUUUCAUCAAAAACGCAACCACAUAAAUCAUUACAAAUCCCUUCGUCUAUACAUGCACACCAUUGAAAUCCAUUUACGUUGGUAGUGAGUGACCAAACCAAACAUGGAUCACAACAUGUCACGCAUGCCAAUGACGGGGAGAGAGAUUAAGUGAAAUUUGAUAAAUGAAUCAAAACUUACCCAUUGUUUUCCAUGUGGACUUCUAUGUGAAGUCACUUCCCACAUUGACUAAAUUUAAAUGGAAACUUCCCUGUAUGGUGUACUAGCAGGAACAUAACAUACCCUAGUUGUGAAUAAUACAAUUACAUUUUCACUUGUAGGUUCAACUUUGUGGCGAAGAAGCUUCACAAGCGCCUUAUGCAGCUGGGGGCCAGUGUGCUGCUGCCUGUGGGACUGGCAGACGACCAGCACGACCUGGGGUGAGAGACUGUUGCAUGGGGUUCCUCAGGGAUCUGUCUUUGGCCCGUUAAGUAUUUCCUCUAUUGGUUUUAUACACUCUGUAAUCUUCAUAAUGCCAGAUUAGCUCAAUAUGGUAACCUGUAAAGUCAGUACAUUAUGUUACUUAAUUCUCUUAACUUUUGUUGACUGUUUGGACUAUUCAACCUUUGUGUUCAACAGCGCAGAUGGGGUGAUUGACCCCUGGCUCACGUCAUUCUGGGAGAGGGCGCAAGCUCUAUAUCCAACACCUGCAGGCCAGAGCCUUAUCAGGGAGGAUGAACCGUAAGCCUCCUUUACUUGACUGUUGACUAAUCAAUGUGUCUAAUGUCUAAUAUUAUAUCUGAAUAUGCCCAACUCCCAUGAUGUACUGUGCUGUAACUGUACCCUUACCGUUGUUCGUUUUACAGACUCCCUCCGAGGUACGUUUUCCAAUUUAUGGAUGACGUCAGUGAGAAUGGGGCGGAUAGGCUAAGAGUGCCAGAGCAACCGAUCUCGCCCUCUCAGACACACCCCUUUCCAGGGAGGGUGGUAUCCAAUAAAAGGGUGACACACUCCUCCCACUUUCAGGAUGUUCGACACAUUGAGUUUGACGUCACAGGCUCAAAUAUUGAGUGAGUGCUCUAAUGUACUGUGCCUUAACAAAUUGCUGCCAUGUUUAUUGUCAGAUUUUUUUGAAAUGUAACUGUCUAAAAUGUACUUUGUGAUGGUGAACCAUCUUGCUCUGAGGUUAAACUGUGCUUAAAAAGGAUUAGACUUUAGAUGAUAGUGUGUGUUUGUGUCGUUGGCAGAUUCACUGCUGGGGACGUGGUGAUGAUGAGACCUUGUAACACCCCUGAGGACGUGGAGCAGUUCUGUCAGCUCCUGAGACUGGACCCUGAUCGCCAGUUCACCCUCAGUCCCACAGACAGCGAUACAGGUUAGUGUUUGUCACAUUUGACUGCUUGUAUCGGUGGGUCCAUGCAUACGUGAGCUACAAUAACAUCCAUCCUUCUAAGCGCCCACUUCUAUGUACCAUACACAAACCACAUAACCCGUGCCCCUCUUUUACCCCCCUCACCCUCUCCCCAGUUUCCGUCCCAGCCCGCCUGGCCCAGCCUUGCACGGUUCGGCGUCUGGUGGAGAGCUUCCUGGACAUAGCGGCCGUGCCUCGUCGCUCCUUCUUCGAGCUCCUCGCCACGUUCGCCACCAAUGAGCUGGAGCGGGAGAAGCUGUCUGAGUUUAGCUCUGCCCAGGGCCAGGACGAGCUGCAUGCCUACUGCAACAGGCCGCGACGCACCGCCUUGGAGGUGAGAGGGACCUGUAAUGAUAUGAUUAUGCUACCACCUGGGGGCACAGGAUGGAAGUUCAGUUGAUCUGACUUCUUACAACAAUAAUUAAUAUUAUGUUCGAUAGAUUUGGUGAGCCAGGUCAAAGGUCAAUACGACAGGGCUGCGUCUAGAUUCCCACUCCCUUCUCACUGAAGUGCUUUUGCUCACUCCCGGUCCUGUGUGUGUGUGUGUGUGGUCCUGUGUGUGUGUGGUCCUCAGGUGUUGACCGACUUCCCCCACACGACAGCAGAGCUGAGUGUAGACUACCUACUGGACCUGUUCCCUGAGAUCCAGCCUCGCUCCUUCUCCAUUGCCUCCUCCCUGCUGGUGAGGUUACAGCACUGAAAGGCCACAUUUCAGGGUUGGGCAAUGAUGUUCCCCAAGGGCUGCUGUGGGUGCAGGCUUUUACUCCAGCGAAAGCAGUAAUGCACCUGAUUCAACUAAUUGUCUUCAAUCAAGACUUUGUUAGUUUAAUUUACUGUGUUACUGGUUUGAUUGGAGCAAAAAUCUGCACCCACACUGGCCCUUUGACUUUACCAAAAUCUUCUCCUGCUUUUUUUCCUGUUUUCUCUCCACACAGGCACAUCCCAACAGGAUCCAGAUACUGCUAGCUGUGGUGCGCUACAAAACCAAGAUGCACCUACCACGCAAGGGCCUGUGUUCAUCCUGGCUAGCUUCACUGGACCCCACACAAGGUCUGUUAGCACUGUCUACUACAUGGUUUUAGUAUUAGUGGCACUCUAAUGCAGUACGCAGGUAGCUACUGAACGUUCAGUGUUUUGCCAAGCACAUUUUGGGUAAAUAAAGUCUUAUAAAUUGAAUUUGAAUUGAUAUCGAAUUUGAUUAGAAGAAAUUGUAUUAACACUGUAGCUAUCAGCUGUCAUAGUCAUUUUGUUGACUCUUCCACUUUGCAGGGGACAUCUAUGUGCCUUUGUGGGUAAAGAAAGGGAGUAUGAAGUUCCCUAAGGACCCCUACUCCCCUGUGAUCAUGGUUGGGCCCGGGACGGGAGUGGCUCCUUUCAGGUCUGCUCUGCAGGAAAGGAUAGCCCAGGGCAAGAAUGGUGAGUUCCCCUUGGAUUGGUUUUACCCUCCUCUCACCACUCCUCUAAAGUGUUAUUUUAGAUUUCGUUUUAGUCUUUUGACUAAAAUACCUUUUAGUCUUAGUGCCAUUUGGCAUUUCAUCCUUACUUUGAGUUAUUAUCAGUCGACUAAAACUCUGGACAAUUUUAGUCUAGUUUUAGUCAGUCAUUUUAAUCACAUUUUUACUCUGUGCAUAUAAUUUUUUUCGUCCAUUAAAUAAUUAAUAUUUAGCGCUAACUUCCAUGAUGUGCACAUUAAGAUAGCCUGGUCCAACUAGGCCUACUAUCCCCUCAAAUAGCUGGCACAUUGCUAUUGUGGCAGAUUGUUACUAAUGCAAGCCAUGAUUUACCAUAAAGGUUCAACAAUUUAGGCCUUCAGCUCUGAUUUGCUCCCCAUCAUAACCUUGUGAUGGUAACAGUGACUAAAAAGGGCAGAAUAUGAGCUUUCUAACAAAGCCACAAUUAUUACUGUAUGCCAAAUAUUCAGCAAAUAGCAUGAGAAUUUCCAAUCGGAGAAAAGCAACUGCACUCGCAGUAGCGGACCGCGAGAACGGCAACACUGAUGAAUAACAGUCCACAUGGUAAUAGAGCAAAACUAGCCUACAUGGAAGUAAGAGAGGAUUAAAGAUUAUUGUUUCUAGUUGAGGUUAGUUACAGUGAAGUGUCCUGGCUGCCUGCGCAUCAGUUCAAAAGAGAGACGAGUGACUGAAGUGACCCCCUGGGAGCUGUGUGGGAGGAGCCGGGCAGAUCAGCGCAGUCAGCCAAUAGCUAGGUUUCCAUCCAAUUGGCAACAUAUUUUCAUGUGAAUAUUCUAAAAUCUGCAUAAAGAAAAUAUGCGCAUUUUCCCACCAGUGGUGUUUCCACCAAACAGACGUAGUGCACACAAAAUUUACUUUUUCACGUACCGAAUAAAAAUCUAAAGUUCAAUGUGUUUGCAUCGCAUUUUCAACUCUACUGAUAGUUUUGUCACACAAAAAAACGUACGUUAAAUAGCAAAUGUGCCUACUCUGGUCUUGGCACGUGCGCUCUAGCCAACAGCUGGCAGAUACAGUGCAGGUAGCUGUGCGGGUAGGCUAGUCUACAUGAGGAGAUUAUUAUGGAUAAGAGUGAGAAUAUGUUUUUGUCAAAUGGCAGUCAAGCAUCGAUCAUCACGUCACCAGAAUAAGACCCUCGAUAUAUACAGUGAGGGAAAAAAGUAUUUGAUCCCCUGCUGAUUUUGUACGUUUGCCCACUGACAAAGAAAUGAUCAGUCUAUAAUUUUAAUGGUAGGUUUAUUUGAACAGUGAGAGACAGAAUAACAACAAAAAAAUCCAGAAAAACGCAUGUCAAAAAUUUUAUAAAUUGAUUUGCAUUUUAAUGAGGGAAAUAAGUAUUUGACCCCUCUGCAAAACAUGACUUAGUACUUGGUGGCAAAACCCUUGUUGGCAAUCACAGAGGUCAGACGUUUCUUGUAGUUGGCCACCAGGUUUGCACACAUCUCAGGAGGGAUUUUGUCCCACUCCUCUUUGCAGAUCUUCUCCAAGUCAUUAAGGUUUCGAGGCUGACGUUUGGCAACUCGAACCUUCAUCUCCCUCCACAGAUUUUCUAUGGGAUUAAGGUCUGGAGACUGGCUAGCCCACUCCAGGACCUUAAUGUGCUUCUUCUUGAGCCACUCCUAUUGUUGCCUUGGCCGUGUGUUUUGGGUCAUUGUCAUGCUGGAAUACCCAUCCACGACCCAAUUUCAAUGCCCUGGCUGAGGGAAGGUGGUUCUCACCCAAGAUUUGACGGUACAUGGCCCCGUCCAUCGUCCCUUUGAUGCGGUGAAGUUGUCCUGUCCACUUAGCAGAAAAACACCCCCAAAGCAUAAUGUUUCCACCUCCAUGUUUGACGGUGGGGAUUUUGUUCUUGGGGUCAUAGGCAGCAUUCCUCCUCCUCCAAACACGGCGAGUUGAGUUGAUGCCAAAGAGGUCCAUUUUGGUCUCAUCCACAACACUUUCACCGAGUUCCUCUGAAUCAUUCAGAUGUUCAUUGGCAAACUUCAGACGGGCCUGUAUAUGUGCUUUCUUGAGCAGGGGGACCUUGCGGGCGCUGCAGGAUUUCAGUCCUUCACGGCGUAGUGCGUUACCAAUUGUUUUCUUGGUGACGCUGCCUUGAGAUCAUUGACAAGGUUCUCCCGUGUAGUUUUGGGCUGAUUCCUCACCGUUCUCAUGAUCAUUGCAACUCCACGAGGCAAGAUCUUGCAUGGAGCCCCAGGCCGAGGGAGAUUGACAGUUAUUGUGUUUCUUCCAUUUGCGAAUAAUCGCACCAACUAUUGUCACCUUCUCACCAAGCUGCUUGGCGAUGGUCUUGUAGCCCAUUCCAGCCUUGUGUAGGUCUACAAUCUUGUCCCUGACAUCCUUGGAUAGCUCUUUGGUCUUGGCCAUGGUGGAGAGUUUGGAUCUGAUUGAUUGCUUCUGUGGACAGGUGUCUUUUAUACAGGUAACAAGCUGAGAUUAGGAGCACUCCCUUUAAGAGUGUGCUCCUAAUCUCAGCUCGUUACCUGUAUAAAAGACACCUGGGAGCCAGAAAUCUUUCUGAUUGAGAGGGGGUCAAAUACUUAUUUCCCUCAUUAAAAUGCAAAUGAAUUUAUAACAUUUUUGACAUGCGUUUUUCUGGAUUUUGUUGUUGUUAUUCUGUCUCUCACUGUUCAAAUAAACCUACCAUUAACAUUAUAGACUGAUCAUAUCUUUGUCAGUGGGCAAACGGACAAAAUCAGCAGGAGAUCAAAUACUUUUUUCCCUCACUGUAGGGCAGCAGGUAGCCUAGCGGUUAAGAGCAUUGGGCCAGUAACUGAAUGGAAACUGGAUUGAAUCCCCGAGCAGACUAGGUGAGGACCACACACCAUAUCAUCACGUGACUCCAAAUUUACUUCGAUAUGAUGGUUAUUAUAUCAAUAUUUUCGCAUAAAGGCGUUUCCACCGCCAUUUCUCGCAUAAUUAAUUUUACCAACAAAAAAAAUCCCACCAUGUCGAACGAACCAAUUAUCUGUCUGCAUUUCUAAAAUUGUACCGAAACGUCCUGUUUCCGUCACAGCUGUCGUGAUUUCUUUUUUUAUACGGUAGGAUUUUACUCGCAUAAAAACUGUGGAUGGAAACAUGGUUACUGGGAGGAUUGCAUUAUACCGGUAUUCUGCAAAGGCUUGCUUAUGAUUGGACAACAUGGAUGAAAAGGUUAAUGUCAAAUUAAAUGUCCAUUAGUCUCAUGUGGAAUUCUCAUUUCGUUACAUUUUCGUCAACUAAAAAGGUCAUUUUUAAUGGUUGUCGUUAAUUUUCAGGUCAUCUAGUCUCGUUAUGGUCAUUAGUUUUCGUCAGGAAAAAUAGGUGGUUGGCGAAUAUUUUUCGUUAUUGUUGAUGAAAUUAACACUACUCCUCCAACACAACACUGUACAUGUACUGAAUGAAAUAUGGCCCCGAUUCUGAACCAAUUAUUUAUAGGAUCCCCCCAUUAUAGUGAAUGGAAAGAUUGCAAUAUUCGUGGUCAAUCUUUGUAUAGAUCAAUAAAUGUUUCGAAGACAAUGAUGGUACCAAUAAUUACUUAUAAUACACUAGAUGUAUGUCCUUCAACCGAUUUUAUUUAAAAACCGCACACAGAAGUUAAGGAUAAUUGAAAGUGCCUUCAGAAAGUAUUCAUACCCCUUGACCUAUUCCACAUUUUGUUGUUAUAGCCUGAAUUCAAAAUGUAUUAAAUAUUUUUUUCUCACCCAUCUACACAGAAUACACCCCAUAAUGACAAAGUAAAAAUAUAUUUGGGGGAAUUUUUGCAAAUGUAUUAAAUGAAAUACUGAAAUAUCUCAUUUACAUAAGUAUUCACACCAGAAUCAAUACUUUGUAGAAGCACCUUUGGCAGCGAAUACAGCUGUGAGUCUUUCUGGGUAAGUCUCUUAAGAGCUUUCUACACCUGGAUUGUGCAACAUUUACCCAUUAUUCUUUUCACAUUUCUUCAAGCUCUGUCAAAUUGCUUGUUGAUAAUUGCUAGACAACCAUUUUCAGGUCUUGCCAUAGAUUUUCAAGUAGAUAAGUCAAAACUGUAACUCGGCUACUCAGUAACAUUCACGGUCUUCUUUGUAAGCAACUCGUGUAGAUUUGCCCUUGUGUUUUAGGUUAUUGUCCUGCUGAAAUGUGGAUUAAUCUCCCAGUGUCUGGUGGAAAGCAGACUGAACCAGGUUUUCAUCUAGGACUUUGCCUGUGCUUAGCUCCAUUCAGUUAAUUUUUUAUCCUGAAAAACUCCCCAGUCCUUAACGAUUACAAGCAUACCCGUAACAUGAUGCAGCCACCACUAUGCUUGAAAAUAUGGAGAGUGGUAUUCCGUAAUGUGUUCUAUUGGAUUUGCUCCAAACAUUACACUUUGUAUUUAGGACAAAAAGUGAAUUGCUUUGCCAAUUUUUUUGCAGUAUUACUUUAGUGCUUUGUUGCAAACAGGAUGCAUGUUUUGGAAUAUUUGUAUUAUGUACAGGCUUCUUUCUUUUCACUCAGUCAAUUAGGUUAGUAUUGGGGAGUAACUACAAUGUUGUUGAUCCAUCCUCAGUUUUAUCCUAUCACAGCCUUUAAACGACUGAUAAAAAAUAUCAACAUUUCAUCAAUUUUAAAUUGAAGCUGUAACACAACAAAAUGUGGAAAAUGUAACUUCCUGGAGUAGCUCAAACUACGCAUGUUGUCUCCAUGAGAAGCUGUCUUAGCAAGCUAAAAACCGACUUCCUGGGCUUCAAAUGCUGUUGACUCUUCACAUAGGAAUGAAUGGUGUCAUGUCAUCGAUGGCUUUGUCAUAGCUUUCUCCCCACUCUCGUCAAUAGUUUCCUGUAUGAGUUUGUCAAUUUGUGUUCUACUCAGUAACAAACACAUAUAGACAUUUGUAAGUUGUUGCUAUACUUGUUCCCUUCUGUUUGUAUACCGGUUAGCAAAUUAAAUACUGUUUCUCCUCUUGUAUAUCAGCCAAUGUGCUGUUUUUUGGCUGCCGGUCCCAGUCGAAGGAUUUCUACUGCGGCUCCGAAUGGGAGGAGAUGGGGAAAGCAGGCCAGCUGACACUCUUCACAGCUUUCUCAAGGGAUCAGGUAGGUAGACCAAAAGGAUCCACACACACACACACUUCACUCUAAUGGAUGGGGAUGUUUUUGUGUGCGUUUGCAGGAAGACAAGAUUUAUGUGCAACAGCGUGUGCAGGAGCAAGCUAAGCUUCUAUGGGACCUGAUCGCCAAUAAGAACGGCUACUUUUACAUCGCAGGGUGGGUAUACUUUAACGUGCUGCAAUGAUAAAAUGGUGUUUGGUAAAUGUGCGUGCAUCUUACCCUAGUCGUGUUCAGUAGACACAAAACGGAAUGAAAUAGGUAGCAGAAUGUCUUCCCAAUACAAAUGCGCAUGGUGUGCCCUAAUGCACAACCCCAGAUUGGUCAUUACUGAUGCAUAUCUGUCAUUCGUAUCCAGUAACGCCAAACAGAUGCCGACGGCAGUGUGCGACGCCCUGAAGGAGGGCUUUCAGAGCCAAGGGGGCGUGUCCUCUUCCGAGGCGGACGAGAUGCUGGUCGCCAUGGAGAGGGCAGGCCGAUUCCAGAGCGAGACCUGGUCCUGAUCACAUGGCUACAGAGUGGUGCUAUUCAAACGCAGCAAGCUUUAUCAGUGUGACAUGCUGCUCCAAGUACUUGCAUUUGACAAUCAGUGGUGACUUAUUUAUGAGUGGAUUGACUGCAGAGGAAUUCAAACUCAACACCAUACCACUUCUGUACCAAGAUUUUGGUAUCAGCUUAGAAAAUAGGUGUAAAAUAUGAAUAGAUACUGUACUACUACAAGCAGCACUGCAUAAAGUGUUAGUCAAAUGCACUUUGGAAACAUUUAAGUCUGACAUUCAUUACUUUGACUGCCAAACCCUAAGGGAAAAGAAUGUACCAUGCACUUAAUGAAGAACAAUAUGAUGUGUAGCAGUGUAUACACUAUCUGUAAGAUUGUGGCUGGUAAAAAAAUAUUAGUUUUGAGUGGUUGGGUUGAGACCAAAUUAAGGUCCUAACCUUUGAAUUGUCCCAAAUAUAGGGACCCUUUAGUGGACCAAUUGGGAUACAAUGGUGAGAUCAAUGUAUAUAUUGCAUGCCUUGAUGUAAAUAAAAAGGUAUCAAACGCAUCACUUAUACCUUUGUUGUUGUAGAAACUACUAGACCAAAGAAUCAUCACACCCCCACAACCAGUAACCUAGAAAACCACAAAAUGAGAUUUCCUGAAAAGUUAUAUUUCAUUUGACAUUCAAACGCCCAUGGAAAAUGUAUACAGUACUUACAUUUCAUCAGUAUUCACCAAUAUGUUAGGGCUAUGUGACAGAGCGCUUACAAACAGCCCAAUCCAUGUAUUCUUGGUACUGUGAAUAAAUUACAUUAAAAACGGGUAUAUGGAGGGACGGGCAACUCUGUUCCUGAUUUUUGCUCUGUCUUUCAAAUCAGUAUCUAAUUUUGACUUGGGAAACCAGAUGUGACCGGAUACUCUGAGCAUUCAGUGACAAGAAUGAAUUAUGCGUCAGGCAAAAGGGAGAACCUGGGUCAUGUCCAAUAAGGUACCUGAACUUGUCCAAUACGUUUUCCAUUGCAAAACGGUGUGCCCUACGGAACAUGACCCUGACCAGAAUUGCUCAUCCCUGACCUUUAGGAAUUCAAGUGCUGUAACUCAUGUCCUCCACAAGCAAUGGUGCUGUACAGUAUCACAGCUAAAAUAAUUUACUCAGCGUGGCAUUUGCAUUUCUGAGACUUACAUGAUCCAUCCCCAUAUAAUCCAUCCAUACUUCCUAAGAAUUGUCACAAUUAUCCUUUAGUAAAUGAUACUGAUGAUUCAUAAAACCUCUACCCGAUGUAUUCACACAGAGUAGGUCAUAUAUACACCAUUAGACAAACAUACUUAGACAAACAUGCCUACCCACUAAGCUGGACUGUCCGACUUAGACAGUAGGCUAGUCAUGAAGGUCCUGUGGCUUGAGCAUCGUUUUGUUAUUGGCACCCACCCUCCUUUCCCACCUCCCAUCUGUCUUCAUCCCCUGUCCCUAUCUGAGGGCCAGCUGGUGGACCUGGUAGAUCUCGUCAGGAAAGUUCAUCUGUUGCUCUUCACAGACGAUAGUGAGGCCUGCCCGGGCCACCAGGCUCUUCACCAGAGCCAGUUCCCGGCACACGCUGCUGUCGACGUCGUCGGGGAUCACGCCCUCGUAGGCCACGUUGUCCUUGAUGACAAUCAGGCCCUCUGGGCGCAGGCCGCCACGGCAACGGCGCAGGAACUCCACCAGGUGGUCGUCAGUCAGGUGGCCUGAGGUGAGGGAAGGAAGGGUGGCUAGCUAUAGCUUAACAGUUUGGUUUUAUUGGAUAAUGUUGUAACAGUUUGGUUUUAUUGGAUAAUGUUGUAACAGUUUGGUUUUAUUGGAUAAUGUUGUAACAGUUUGGUUUUAUUGGAUAAUGUUGUAACAGUUUGGUUUUAUUGGAUAAUGUUGUAACAGUUUGGUUUUAUUGGAUAAUGUUGUACACAUUUGCAGCUAAAAGCUGAAUUGCAACAUGCCUGCGUAAAAUAAAUACAGAAACUGUUACAAAGCUAAUCAAAAUAAUUAAGUCUCUAGGAUUAAGCACUCACAAGUUAGGCAUAGAGCUGUCAAUGACAGUAUGCCAGUUAACUCCGACAUUUUUUAGAAUUGUGAGUUGAGAGGACUCACCAAUGACCCACUGGAUCCAGAUGACGUCAUAGCGUCCGUCCUGCGGGAUGAAGUCCUGCAGGCCGAGGCAGAAGUAGUUCUCCACCCGUUUGCUCUCCUCGCCCAGGUAGACCUUAGCCUGGUCCAGGAACUCCUGAGUCACGUCCACCAAGUCCACAGUGUUGAAGAGGGGCAGCAGCAGUCGCUUGGUGAUGCGCCCUAUUCCGGCACCACAGUCCAGGGCGCAGCCAUUACCAGUCUUCCCUUCGCCCUUCUUUUAGUGCCAAGAGGGAGGGGUUAGAGUGGGUAGAGUUUCUUGACAUGUAAGCAUCAGUUUCAAGGUAACUUGUCUAACAGAUAACUGCACAGGGGGUCGGUCCCCCAAUGCUCUACACUUAGCCCAUAACUAUUUUAAAAAACGACAACAUUAUGCUUCACUAAGUGUGCAAACAAAGUAUGCGUGCAAAUAAAUAGUCUAACGUGCUUUAAGUGUGUUUCUACAGAAAACUUUGGAAAAUGUUUCUUACGCCAAGGAAUUUCUGCAGGAACUUCUUAGAGCCGUCAAUGUCAAUGUUGGAGAUCUUGCCGUAGCCUCCUAGCAUGCCAUCCACGGUGGGCGCCACUUCUCUCCAGUAGUUUUCAGCCUUGGAGUAGAAGACUGUCUCAUUCUGCACAAAGUCACCCAUCCUGUCUGAAGAACCCAAAGGGCUGAGGUAAGUAGGACUUCCCACGUAUGCAUCAUUAUAAACUGGGUGGUUCAAGCCCUGAAUGCUGAUUGGCUGAAAGCCGUGGUAUAUCAGACCGUAUACCACAGGUAUGAAAAAACAUGUAUUUUUACUGCUCUAAUUACACUGGUAAGCAGUUUGUAAUAGCAAUAAGGCACCUCGGGUGUUUGUGGUAUAUUGCCAAUAUAUCACGGCUAAGGGCUGUAUCCAGGCACAAGAACAACCCUUAGACGUGGUACAUUGGCCAUAUACCACAACCACUCAGGCCUUAUUGCUUAAAUUAUAACAAUUAUUAUGACUAAAGCUAAAGUCACACAGAGUGAAAGAAUAACAAAGCAACUAGUAGGUCUGACCCAUGACUUUCGAUAAGGCUAUUUAGUUAUUUAUCCUUAUUGCGAGCAAUGCAGGGAACAUGCCACAGCUAGCUUGACUGCUAGCUAACUUAGUACGUUUCUGGCUACCUGACCCUCAGAUGUGUUGCCUUAGUAGGGCCUGCACCUUGUGUUAUGUUGGUUGAAGCACUGCCUACUCCCCUCCCGCCAAAGAAUCGCCUGCUAGGCUUCUUCACUCCUCUCCGAGACGUUGACUUGAUGUUAUUCAUGAUGGUAUGAUUAGCUGACUUCUUGUCGACUUCUUUCCAGCAUGUGUCCCAGGGAAACCCUAGGAGACGUGUUUAACCUUACUCCCAAGUCCUAGCGAUGACGUGAGAGCUCUGCAUUUAUCCUCACCUGUCAUAGAGAGGCGCGCGCACACACAGGAAGGCACACACACACUCUGUAGCCAAAUGUGGCCCUACUUGGCCCCAGUUCAGCUGUCAGCGCUCAUCUUGUGACCAGGGUCAAUGUGGGGCAUGCCAGUGAAUUAACCAAGUACACUACAUGGCCAGAAGCUCGUCGAACAUUUCUUUCCAAAAUCAUGGGCAUUAAUAUGGAGUUGGUCCCCCUUUGCUGCUAUAACAGCCUCCACUCUUCAGGGAAAGCUUUCCACUAGAUGUUGGAACAUUGCUUCCAUUCAGCCACAACAGCAUUAGUGAGGUCGGGCACUGAUGUUGGGCGAUUAGACCCGCAGUCAGCUUUCCAAUUCAUCCCAAAGGUGUUUGAUGGGGUUGAGGUCAGGGUUCUGUACAGGUCAGUCAAGUUCUUCCACACAAAUCUCGACAAACCAUUUCUGUAUGGACCUCGCUUUGUGCACGGGGGCAUUGUCAUGCUGAAACAGGAAAUAACCUUUCCCAAACUGUUGCCACAAAGUUGGAAGCACAGAAUAGUCUACAAUGUCAUUGUAUGCUGUAGCGUUAAGAUUUCCCUUCACUGAAACUAAGGGGCCUAGCCCGAACCAUGAAAAAUAGCCCCAGACCAUUAUUCCUCCUCCACCAAACUUUACAGUUGGCACCCAGAUUCGUCCGUCGAACUGCCAGAUGGUGAAGCGGGAUUCAUCACUCCAGAGAACGCGUUUCCACUGCUCCAGAGUCCAAUGGCAGCGAGCUUUACGCCACUCCAGCCGACGACGCUUGGCAUUGCACAUGGUGAUCUUAGGCUUGUGUGAGGCUGCUCGGCCACCAAACCCCAUUUCAUGACGCUCCUGACGAACAGUUCUUGUUGCUUCCAGAGGCAGUUUGGAACUCGGUAGUGAGUGUUGCAACCGAGGUCAGCACGCAGCGGGCCCAUUCUGUGUGGCCUACCACUUCGCGGCUGAGCAUUUGUUGCUCCUAGAUGUUUCCACUUCACAAUAACAGCACUUACAGUUGACCGGAGCAGCUCUAGUAGGGCAGAAAUUUGACGAACUUCCUUGUUGGAAAGGUGGCAUCCUAUGUGGUGCAGUGGUCUAAGGCACUGCAUCGCAGUGCUAGCUGUGCCACUAGAGAUCCUGGUUCGAAUCCAGGCUCUGUCGUAGCCGGCCGCGACCGGGAGACCCAUGGGGCGGCGCACAAUUGGCCCAGCGUCGUCCAGGGGAGGGGAGGGAAUGGCCGGCAGGGAUGUAGCUCAGUUGGUUGUGGGUUUGAUUCCCACGGGGGGCCAGUAUGAAUUUUUUUUAUAAUGUAUGCACUCACUAACUGUAAGUCGCUCUGGAUAAGAGCAUCUGCUAAAUGACUAAAAUGUAAAAUGUAUGACGGUGCCAUGUUGAAAGUCACUGAGAGCUUCAGUAAGGCCAUUCUACUGCAAAUGUUUGUCUAUGUAGAUUGCAUGGCUGUCUGCUCGAUUUUAUACAACUGUCAGUAACAGGUGUGGCUGAUAUAUCCGAAUGCACUAAUUUGAAGGGGUGUCCACAUACUUUUGGCCAUGUCGUGUAACUAGCUGGGAGGGAGAACCUCCACAGAUAAGGCCGGGGUCUAUGAUCAAGCAAGUCCAACCUUAACUAAAUAUAGAAGACAGACACGACUAGUGACAUGCACCAAUAUUGAAGAAGAAAACUUACUGGUUUGAAAACAAAUCUAACUAGUAAACUAGUAAAGCACGUUGACAAUGAACAUGGACAAAAAUCAGAGGGUCAGGUAGCCAGAAACUUACUAACUAGUUAGCUAGCUAAGUUAGCUAGCAAUAAAGCUAGCUGGUAGCUAGCUGCUAACUAGCUUGUUUGUGCAAUGCCAAUGGUUUUCUUCUAGUUUAGCUAUCUUGGAGGUUAAGAAGUAAAGUGGUUAUUACAGCAAGGCACUUUACUCCACUGCGAUCUAUUUUUGGAAGCAGACAGUUGUCGAGGACUGAUAACCACUGACUUAGCCAUCAAUGAUGAAAAGUAGCUAGCACGUGCUAGCUAAGUAGCUUUAGCUAGCUACCGGUAGGUAGUAGCAUGUUGAAUCGGUGUGAGCUGACAGUCGUUGACAAGGUUGUAAAGUUGAAUGCGCCCAACAUCUGACCCAAAUCAAAGCUAAUUUUUACAAACUGGGAUGCGGCAACUUACUUUAACACGUACGUCUCAGUAGUAAAUCACCAAACCCCUCGAUCAUGUCACAAAUCAAGUGCCAAUGUGUUUUUUCUGCCUGCCGAAAGCAUCCCUGGACACUACACUGCCAAAUGCU